CGCGUCGAGGUAGCUUCCACAGAUUGCACCUCUCUCUCAUUCCAUACUGCAUAGACCUCUCUGUUCGAUGCCUCGUCUGCGGAUUUUCCUUUUCCAACCCUUCUGACCCUACGGCCGAGGGCACCGACAUGGCGGGCAAUGGCGCCGCGAUCCAGCCGCCCGUGUUGGAGCCCGUAGCAAAGCCUUUGGCGUUAAUUCCCGUGGUUAUCAAAGAGGCCGCCCUUGAUUCACCUACGUUCCGUGCUACCGCCGUCCAUUUUAGCGAACAGAUCGAUCUCGUGGAACGAUGGCUCGACACGUACGUCAAAGCGGUUUCGAAGCUCGCUACAGAGAUGAACGCCCUCCAAACUCUUGUUGACAACUACAUACAAGCGGCACAUCCCCCUUUGCAGAUUUCGGAAGCUGUACUCGACCACGAUUACACAGUCUUGGCUCUAAAGCGCUUUGGAGAAGGAGCUCGGGACUUCUGGAAUGGCACGCUCAGGGCGAUGAAGAGGGGAGAGAGCGCUGUAUGUGAACCCAUAAAGGCGUUCGUACAAAGUGAUUUGCGCAUGCUCAAAGAGGCACGUAAGUCGUUGGACGCCACACAACGCACCUUCGAUGGCUUGAUUGCGCGAUACGCCGGCCAGGCGAAGACCAAAGAGCCCUCUUCGCUGCGGGAAGAUGCGUUCCAACUUCAUGAGGCGCGCCGCGCAUACCUGAAAGCAAGCAUGGACUUUUGCGUCCUGGCGCCUCAGGUGCGGGCCAAUCUUGAUAAGCUGCUGGUCAAGGUUAUCAAUGAGCAGUGGCGCGAUAUGAAGUCUGCCAGGGAAUCAUCGAACAAAUCGUUUGCUACAUGGAACGCAGAUAUAGAGCGGGUGCGCGGAUGGAGCAAAGAGAUGGAGAAUGGUGAAAGGGUGUUCAAGAGGGAGCUGCAUUUGGCCAGGCAACAAGUGGAGAAUGCGGCUGAACUAGCUGCCCGCCCUUCGAGAGAUCUGGACGACUAUGCCGCCUCCACCGUGCCGUACUUGGGGAAACAAGGGCCACAAGCGGCCAACCUGCACUCACCAGCCAAACCGGAUCCCGCAAAUGAAAAAGCAGAGAAGCAAGGUUGGUUAUUUCAGAGAACCAUAACCGGAAAGCCUGCGCGGACAUACUGGGUUAGGAGGUGGUUUUUCGUCAAGAAUGGUGUUUUCGGUUGGCUCGCGCAGGGCUCGCGGUCCGGAGCGGUGGAAGAAUCCGAGAAGGUCGGUGUCCUGCUUUGCGGAAUUCGGCCGGCCUUUCAGGAGGAACGCCGGUUUUGCUUCGAAGUGAAGACAAAAGAUACGACUGUCCUUCUACAGGCCGAGACCCAGGCCGAGCUUACGGAUUGGAUAUCAUCCUUCGAAGUGGCCAAGCGGAAAGCAUUGGAGGACACGUCGAAAGAAGGGAACGUGGAUGCCGCAUUUUCCAUCAGCACCCCAGUAGCCCCUGAGUUUGCAGCGAAGACCUCAGAAGGACAUGCAUCUCAACUCAGCGACGACCUGGGUGCGUCUGAGCGUGGAGACUCCCUUGCUAUUCCCGGCGGUGAGGGUCACGUGCGAGGAAGCUUCGAUAUAACAAGGCGCGGUACCGCGAACGACAGAGAGGGCGAGGGAAGCCGGCGCGACCAUGCUGCACGAAUUAUGGAGAAGCUCGACCUGACCCGCAAAGCAACUUUGGGCCCUCAGUUGAGUUCCAACAACCCUUCUUCCACGACUGGCGGCAUCGCUAGCCUCAUCUCCGCGAGUUUAGCCUCCGCCAGUCACAACAUCGUCCAAGUUGGGCAAAUCACUGCACCCGCACAAGGCUUACCAGAUACACGCCUGGUGGUAGGGCAGACGUUGCCCGUAAGCAGCCUUGCGCCGUCCACUCUGGCAAAUCCCCCUGCUGCAACGAACCUUAGCAAGGCUGCAGUCGCCGUUAGUGCAGAACGAGGCAUUGGACUUGGCAAGUCAAGUAAUAUGCCUGGAGGUCUUAUGGCAAACCUGUGGGGCUCGGUCAACUGGGGCUAUUUGAAUCGUCUUGAGCGUGGAGAAGUCACCCCACCCCGCGACCGGAGCGCGUCUCAACCACCCAGUCCCGUUGGACGUUCGCCAGGACUUGAGCCCCUAGAUAAAUCAGGGGAGAUGUCUUCCCAAACCCCGUCAGCAGGAAGCACGACAUCAGCGACUGUAGCCCAUCGGAAGAGUAUGAGUCUAGGUGGUACAACGCCCGCCCAACGACCCGCUGCGGUCACAGAUGAUUUCCCUAGUUAUUAUCCGGCAACUCUCCGACUGCAGGACGCGCAGUUCCGCAUCCUGUUUCCCAAUGUACCACGCGAUGAGAAGUUGGUCAUGGUGCUCAGGGCUGUGUGGAAUCCGACCGAACAGCAAGAAUUCCCCGGAAGAGUAUACGUGACUGCGAAAGAGAUGUACUUCUACAGCAACCAUUUGGGCAUGGUAUUGAUCACAGGUAUAAGCCUUGCGUCCAUCGAUGAAGUGACUGCUGCACCUGGUAAGGACUGCGACUUCCUCUUCCUACACUUCAAGCCCAACGCGAGGAAAGAUGGCGCAACGCGGCUCACUGUUAAGACUUUCCUUGAACCACUCAAAUUGCUCGAGCGGAGGCUCAAUUUCCUUGUUCGCAACGCCACCACACAAGAGAACAGCCCUGACGAGGUGGUGAGGAUGCUGAUCAAGCAUGAAGGAGGUGACAAUGACCAGUCGCCCGACGCAGACUGGGAAGACAUAGGCAUGCACCACCCGUUAGACGGUGGAAGAGACGUCAAAGCUAGCCUUCGCAUUGAUGGUAACCUCUUUCCCACCCAAGGCAUAGAGUUCAACAAGAAUGCGACAAAGUUCAAGUUGCCGUCACACCCUGUUGUCUUCGUACCCCAAGGCAUGACUGGACUUGCAGCUGAGAAGGAGUUUGACAUCAGCGCCAAGGGUCUGUUUCACAUCCUAUUUGGCGAUAAGAGCACCGUCUUUCAGAUGUUAUACCGUGAACGGUGGGCGCAACGUGUCGUUCAAGGACCCUGGACGACAAACGAACACGGAACACAACGUCGCGAUUUUGAAUAUGAGGUCGCCCAGCCUGGAAGGUCAGGAGGUGCGAUCGUUAUCAACGACUUUCAAGUCAUUGAGGUACUCAACGAUCAUCUCUGCUAUAGCGUGGCCGAUAGGAAAGUGCCUUGGCAUCUCCCCGCAUCAGACCGCUAUAUGCUGUUGAGUAAAAUUGUGAUCACGCAUGUUCACAAGGCAAGGUGCAGGCUUGCCAUUCACAUCAAAGUUGACUGGCAUCGGGCUCCCCGAUUCGGAAAGAGAUUGAUCGAACGACAAGGCCUGCAAGAUUUGGAGCUCGAAGCCCAAGACCUGCUCGAUGUGGUCAAUGAUCAGGUAGCGAGGCUUGGACAUAACAGAUCCACUCAUAAGGUUGUGGGCAUUUUCGGGCAUAUAGGGGCGCAAAGCACGGCAGUGCAAGUGGAGGCGAAGGAUAUUCCGCCACCGAAUCGGCCUCGCAAAUUCAAGCUCCGGCGCCAGACAACUGGCUCGUUCAUUGCACAGCUUAUUGGUAACAUCCUUAUCAGCAUCAUUUCGAGAGUAUGUUCUUGGAUCCUUACCCUUGGUGCCAGCUUGGGUAAGGUUGUGUCCGCCCAUAGGCUCCUUGUUCUGCUCCUAGUUUUGAGUGCCGGAUCGAACCUCUUUUACACCAGCCGUGACACUUGGCUCUGGUGGCAAGACAGGAAUGCGGUUAAGUUCAUGAAAAGCCUGGGCGUUGUGUCUACUAGCACAAUGUCGCGUGCUGUGUACCUCAGGGAUGUUGAAGAGUCAUUCCUUCAUCUUAAUGAUUCCGUCGUCCCGUUCUUUGCGUCAAUUCCCGGUUCAGAGAACAAUAAAUGCCACCUUACCUUCGCUUCAUUGCUCAAGGACACGGAUGACGCUGUCUCCCACUUCCCAACCAUGUCCUCGAGACAUACACAAGAACGCCUCCGCCGUUACCGACAAUCCCUUAGCAUCCGCCGUCAUGACGUCCUUGUGGCAUUGCGCGUGGUCAACCGCAUCGAGCAAGAAGUUCUAGCUGCAGAGUUCGAGACCUGGCUGGCAGAAGAAGUAGGUUCCUGCAGCCGGAUUGGCGGUCUACUU